CGCCCCCACCCCCACCCACCUCUAUCCCAGUGUCUCCGUCUGAGGGUUUGUCCUGUUAAUGCGGGAUGAGCGAUCAGAAGAAGGAGGAGGAGGAGGAGGCGGCGGCGGCAGCAGCGACGAUGGCUACAGAAGGAGGGAAAACCUCUGAGCCAGAGAAUAACAAUAAAAAAACCAAAACCUCAGGCUCCCAGGACUCUCAGCCCUCUCCUCUGGCUUUACUGGCAGCUACUUGCAGCAAAAUAGGGACUCCUGGUGAAAAUCAAGCAACUGGACAACAACAAAUUAUUAUAGAUCCAAGCCAAGGAUUGGUGCAACUUCAAAAUCAGCCACAACAGCUUGAACUGGUAACAACACAACUUGCUGGAAACGCUUGGCAACUUGUUGCCUCCACUCCUCCAGCUUCAAAAGAAAAUAACGUUUCUCAACCAGCUUCUAGUUCAUCUAGUUCUUCCAGCAGUAAUAACGGGAGUGCAUCUCCUACCAAAACUAAAUCAGGUAAUUCUUCCACCCCUGGUCAGUUUCAAGUCAUACAAGUACAAAAUCCAAGUGGUAGUGUACAGUACCAGGUGAUUCCACAACUUCAGGCAGUAGAAGGUCAACAAAUUCAAAUCAAUCCAACUAGUAGUUCAUCUCUACAGGAUUUGCAGGGUCAAAUUCAGCUAAUUUCUGCAGGUAAUAAUCAAGCUAUACUCACAGCUGCUAACAGGACAGCUUCUGGGAAUAUUCUUGCUCAAAACCUGGCAAAUCAAACAGUUCCAGUCCAAAUUAGACCUGGUGUUUCUAUACCAUUACAAUUGCAGACCCUUCCUGGUACUCAGGCUCAAGUUGUAACAACCCUACCAAUUAAUAUAGGAGGAGUGACUUUAGCUUUGCCAGUGAUAAACAGUGUGACUGCUGGAGGUGGGACUGGACAAGUUGGCCAGCCUGCUACUACUACUGAUAGUGGGACUUCCAAUGGCAAUCAGUUAGCUUCCACACCCACGACCACCACUGCUUCUGCCAGUACUAUGCCGGAAUCUCCCUCCUCCUCCACUACCUGUACAACCACUGCGUCGUCAACUCUUACAAGCAGUGACACAUUAGUGAGCUCAGCAGAUACGGGCCAGUAUGCAAGCACGUCAGCCAGUAGUUCUGAACGUACCAUUGAAGAAUCACAGACACCUGCUGCUGCUGAGUCUGAAGCCCAGAGCUCCAGUCAACUUCAGUCUAAUGGAAUACAGAAUGCACAGGAUCAGUCAAAUUCUCUUCAGCAAGUGCAAAUUGUAGGCCAGCCUAUUUUACAGCAGAUCCAGAUACAACAGCCUCAGCAACAGAUCAUUCAGGCUAUUCCACCACAGUCAUUUCAACUCCAGUCAGGGCAGACUAUUCAGACCAUCCAGCAGCAGCCUUUGCAGAAUGUUCAACUUCAAGCAGUAAAUCCGACUCAGGUGCUUAUCAGGGCUCCAACUUUAACACCUUCAGGACAAAUCAGUUGGCAAACUGUACAGGUUCAGAAUAUUCAGAGUCUUUCAAAUUUGCAAGUUCAGAAUGCUGGGCUAUCCCAGCAGUUAACCAUCACCCCAGUGUCUUCAAGUGGUGGCACAACUCUUGCUCAGAUCGCUCCUGUGGCUGUUGCUGGUGCCCCAAUAACUUUGAAUACUGCCCAGCUUGCAUCAGUGCCUAACCUUCAGACAGUGAGCGUGGCCAACCUGGGUGCUGCAGGCGUUCAAGUGCAGGGAGUUCCAGUUACAAUCACUAGUGUUGCAGGUCAGCAGCAAGGGCAAGAUGGAGUGAAAGUCCAGCAAGCUACUAUAGCUCCUGUAACUGUGGCAGUUGGAGGAAUUGCUAAUGCGACAAUAGGUGCUGUUAGUCCUGACCAACUCACACAAGUGCAUUUGCAGCAAGGCCAGCAGACUUCUGAUCAAGAGGUACAACCUGGCAAGAGGCUUCGAAGAGUUGCCUGUUCCUGUCCUAAUUGUAGGGAAGGAGAAGGAAGAGGUAGUAAUGAACCAGGAAAAAAGAAACAGCAUAUCUGUCACAUUGAAGGAUGUGGAAAAGUUUAUGGCAAAACAUCUCACCUUCGAGCACAUCUCCGCUGGCAUACUGGAGAAAGACCUUUUAUAUGCAACUGGAUGUUUUGUGGCAAGAGAUUCACAAGGAGUGAUGAGCUUCAGAGACAUAGAAGAACCCAUACAGGUGAAAAGAGAUUUGAAUGCCCAGAAUGUUCUAAAAGGUUUAUGCGGAGUGAUCAUCUUUCCAAACAUGUCAAAACGCACCAGAAUAAGAAAGGAGGUGGGACAGCUCUUGCCAUUGUUACCUCGGGAGAACUGGACUCAUCUGUUACAGAGGUGCUUGGCUCCCCAAGAAUUGUCACCGUUGCAGCCAUUUCUCAAGAUUCAAAUCCAGCAACUCCCAGUGUUUCGACCAACAUGGAAGAAUUCUGAAAAGCUAUUUAUAACAGAGACCUCUAGUGCUGCACUUAAGUUUACACACCUUUGAAAAUCUGGAAAUGGGCUGGUCGAGUGGAUUACGGAGUAGGAAAUCAUGAUUUCAUUCUUGGCUUCUUUUAAGUAUUCCAGGGUUUGGGUUCAACACCUUAAGUGUUGAAAUUUUAAAAAAUACAAAAAGCAAGUUGAUAUACUGGAAACGAAUAGAAAAGUAUUUCCUUCAUGUUAUAAAUUGUAGUUAUUUGGAAAUAUAUCACAUAACCUUUAAACAGAACCCCCCCCCCAACAUCAUAUAUUAAUGUAUUUAAAAAGACCUCAGUAGUUUGCAGGCUGGACCUUAAUUGGACUUAUUUUCUUUGAAAGUACUUUCAAAUUCAGUCAGUAGUAAUUUACAUAUAUUUCCUUUUCUCUAUAGCACAGAAAACUAUUAAAUGAAGAUAGGAAUGCUACUAUAUUUCCUCAGCUUGAUUUUUAGAAAAUCAACUUGAAAUAGUUUUGGCCGUCUUUUCUAAGUGUUAGAAAUUCUUCAAACAUUAAAUUAGGUAAGUUCCAACACAGAAAUCUGAGCUACACCUCAGAUCUUUAUUACCACUACAUUGUAGUAGUGUGUAUU